UUUAAAUUUGACAUCCGCAAAAAUCAUCCGCUGGGUGGAGCUAAUUGAAUAAGUAUAAAUAGUCGGUGUUAACUGUGCAGAAGGUACAGUUCAUCACCUAGAACCUCAUCAGAACACAAAAAUCCUCACCAUGUUUGCUAAAGUUAUCAUGAUCUGCGCCCUGGCCAUUGCUUGCGUUAGCGCAAAGCCUCUGUUCCAGUACAGUGCCUAUUCAGCUCCUCUAGUCGCUAGCCCUGCCGUGGCUGUAGCGUCUCCUUAUUCAGCUGCCUACACUGCCCCAGUUGCCGCUGCUGCUUACACUGCUGCCGCACCUUUCGGAGCUGCUUACACCACUGAUUUCUACGGAUCGGCGUAUCCUUACGCCGCUGCCUAUGGCUCAUAUCUGCUGUAAAGUGACAAAACCUGGAUUCUGACACAAACAAAUGGGAAAAUGAUCUUCGUCCGUGGCAAAAUUUGGUUUUUAAUAAAGGCACUGUUUAAAAAACAA